UGUUUUUGUAUGGCUGAUGGUCUGCAGUUGUCAGCUAGUUAGCAGUUAGCGCGUUAGUCAAAAAGAGAAAAUGGACUGAGACAUGCGGAAUAAAAGACAACUCAAAGGGCAGGUUCCAACUUUGCUUUCCAGCGCCUUGCCACAGCGAGGAUGUUCCCCGGCUUAGCCCAAAGACCGUGGCAGGUCUUCUGCAGGGUUUACCUGCAUCAGCGGGCCACGCUAUCGCAAUGGCAACCGAGAGUGGCACGCCCUUGCUAUGGGUGGCAGAAUGCCAGGGAGCACAAUGUGUGGCUCUGCUUCCCUGACUGUCGAGCGUCCUCGUUUACCUGGGCACAGGUACAGUACUACUCCACCACAGGCAGUGGCGGUAAGGAUGGUAAAGAUGGGCCUCCGGCACAAACCGAGCCGCCAGUGACAGCAGAGAAGGUGCUGUCAGCAGCAAGCCAAACAUUUACUGAAGGUGCAUCUACAAACGAUAACCCUGACUCAAAGCUUCAAGGACUGACCAAAGCAGAAGCCAUCCAGGUGAAAGUGCGAGCCGUCCUGAAGAAGAGGGAGUAUGGCACUAAGUACACCCAGAACAACUUCAUCACCGCUGUCAGAGCCAUGAACGAGUUCUGUCUGAAACCCAGUGACCUGGAACAGCUACGGAAGAUCCGGCGCCGGAGUCCCCACGACGACACGGAGGCCUUCACCGUUUUCCUGCGCUCCGAUGUGGAGGCCAAAGCCCUGGAUGUGUGGGGCAGCCCUGAAGCUCUUGCCCGAGAGAGGAAUCUCCGCAAGGAAGUGGAAAGGGAGUACCAAGAAAAUAUCUUCAGGAAUCAGCAACUAUUAAAAGAAUAUAAGGAUUUCUGGGGCAACACUAAGCCUCGAUCAGGCAAGGGGAAGGCGUUUCUACAAGGACCAGGAAAGGUGGUGAUGGUGGCCAUUUGCAUAAAUGGGCUAAACUUUUUCUUCAAGCUUCUGGCUUGGGUGUACACUGGAUCUGCCAGUAUGUUCUCUGAAGCUAUUCACUCAUUGGCUGACACGGCAAACCAGGCUCUGUUGGCUAUUGGCAUUAGUCAGUCUGUGAGGAAUCCAGAUGCUGUACACCCGUAUGGCUUCUCCAACAUGCGCUACAUCGCCUCCCUGAUCAGUGGAGUGGGCAUCUUCAUGAUGGGUGCUGGCCUCUCCUGGUACCACGGCAUCAUGGGCCUGCUGCACCCACAGCCAAUCGAAUCCCUCCUUUGGGCGUACUGUAUUUUGGCAGGAUCCCUCGUUUCUGAAGGAGCGACGCUCCUGGUCGCCAUCAACGAGAUCAAAAGGAGUGCGCACCAGCAGGGUAUCUCCUUCUACGAGUACGUGAUGCAGAGUCGUGACCCCAGCACCAAUGUGGUAUUACUGGAGGAUGCUGCUGCAGUACUUGGGGUGAUCAUGGCUGCUGGGUGCAUGGGCCUGACCUCCCUGACAGGUAGUCCGUACUAUGACAGCAUCGGCUCCCUGGGCGUGGGGACCCUGCUGGGCGCCGUGUCUGCCUUCCUCAUCUACACCAACACGGAGGCCCUGCUGGGACGCUCCAUCCAGGCUGAGCAUGUGCAGAAGCUCACCGAGUUCCUAGAGAACGACCCUGCUGUCAGGGCCAUCCAUGAUGUGAAGGCCACAGACUUGGGCCUCAGCAAAGUGCGCUUCAAGGCGGAGGUGGACUUCGAUGGCAGAGUGGUGACCCGCUCAUACCUGGAGAAGCAGGACAUCGAACAGAUAUUGAAUGACAUUCAGCAGGUGAAGACGCCAGAGGAGCUGGAGAGCUUCAUGCUGAAGCACGGAGAGAACAUUAUCGAUACUCUCGGAGCUGAAGUGGACCGCCUAGAGAAGGAGCUCAAGCAACGGAACCCAGAGGUGCGGCACGUGGACCUGGAGAUCUUAUAACACUCGCUGUUGGCAGACUGGGAACGCCAUGUUAGUCAGAAGGAGAAGGACGAGAGACGGACGGACGGACAGAGACAGACAGAGAGAGAGGAGACGUCAGUUGAAGGAAUUUGUAAGGGAGGAGGACUCUUCCAGUUACACUCAUGACCCAUAACUCUCCCCCCACACCACCGCCACCACCGCCAGCCACCUCAUCUGAUGAAGUCUUACUGUGCUGUGUCAUUCAACAUUCAACACAUAUUCCCUACGUUCUAGUGACAAGGAAAAGGUUUCUUUUUUAUUUUAAUUUAACUUAAUUUAAUUUCUCAUAGUUGAGGUUAAGCAGGGGUCGCCACAGAAAUCAGCCUGUAUGUGUGUGCGCGCGUGCGUAUAGUCAGACCACCGUGUGCGUGUGUGCGCGCGCCUGUGUGCGUGCGUGUAUGUGUGAGUGAAGGAAAGAGAGUGUGAGUGUGAGAGUGAGAGAGUAUGUGUGGCUGUGUGCAAGGCUCUAAACCCCUCUAUGUGUUUUCUACAUUGCUGUAUGUGCCAGCCGUGGACGUGAUGGUGUACGUGAAUGCGCACGUGUUCAGAUUUGGGCUGCUGGUUUGGGGGGAUUCAUGGAAAGUCAGUCAGUGCGGUCCACGCUGGAAUCAUGUCCUCGGACCAUUUCAGACUCCCUGUAAAGCACUUGAAUCAGACAUGACUACAGUAGCACUGCUCUGCAGUGGACAGUCACUCACGUCAAUCACCAUGAUACUUUUUUAUUACAGUUUACGAAUGUAGUGUUUUCUGUUUUUCUUUUUUUUGCACUUAUCAGCACUAGUCAUUAGAUAUUCAAAACAGAACUUGGGGAAUAUCAUUGCUCUCUAAAAAAAACGUAAUGGAAUAUUAUGUAGGAAUGAAUAAACUUCAUCCCAGAUGUUAAGUGGGUAGGAAUGAAUAAACUUCUCCCCAGAUUAUAAAUGGGUCUUCGGCCUUCCAAGAUUUUCGUCCAGAAAGAUUGGGAAUAACUAGUAAUCACCAGUGAUUACAGUUUGUAGUAAUAUUACCCACACAAAAGUAAUAUUAAUCAUCUCCCAUAAAUUAGAUACAUUUUUCUAAAUGUAUGUUUUUGUUUCAGUGUUUGUAUUCAUUGGAAGAGAAAAGUUGCACUGGAGUUUUUCUUUUCUCUCCAGGACACUGCUGCCAUGGAGUAAGUCAAGAAUUUGAUUUUGGUGUUUACUGCGUCGAUCACAUGGCAAAGAUGUACCAAUCCAAAGAUUGCAACGUGAACUUUAAGUUCAAUAUAGGUGAUGACCUAAUAUUGGUGUAACAUACGUAUGAUAUAAUGAUUUAUACAUUUAGCUCUAUAAUUGUAGGUUAGAUAUUAAAAAAUGUAAUUCACUAGACUGCUGAAACGUCAUCGUGGAUGGAGAGCAUGACUGGCGCGAUUAGGCCUCACAUUAAUGAAUCCUAUUACACUGUCCAUUUCACAAGUCCCAUUCUCAUCAUAAUUUCUUGUUAAACCACCUUUUAUGUGGAAGCCUCGUGUCCUUGCAGCACGGUACUAAGCACAAGCUGAUCGGGAACAGUAGAAAGCGGCACUUAGAGCCAGCUUAAAAUCCGAGGCAAGUGCAUGGAUCAUUUUGGUGUCACUUGACAUACCAUACCGUAAGCAGCAUUUUUAAAGCGAAUCCAAGGUCUAAUUUACAAAUGCAUCCAUGCAGCAUGUUUCUUUUUUUUUAAAGCUGACUCUUGACUUAUCAUUUUACAGUCCAGUGAUGUCACAGUGCAGAUUUUAUUUUUUUCAGCCUCUGUAUUUGUGUUUAGUGGUGGGCUCCUCGUCAUGCAGUAAAGCAUGCUGAAGCUUCUGAUUGCUGUGCAGGUUUACUGCUGUUUUGAACGUUCAGUCUCCUCUGUCCCCUAAAGGAGUGUUCCUCUCUGGCGCUUGUACAUUUCGGCUGGGUGCAUGAGCGUAAAGGGUGCUGCAGUCUUACUAUCAUAGUGUUGAGUUUGCAGGCCCCAGCACUGACACACAAGCAAAUCUUUGGACAGAAUACAAUGUGUGUUCCUUACCAUGACCGUGUACACCCUUACUGCAUCCUGUAUAUUGAUCAUUAUAUGGUCUGUGAAUUAUAACUAGACAUGCUUGGUCAACCCAUAAUAGACUACUACUCUAACCGUGCAAGACAACAAAGAUACUCCAUUACAGUUCCACAUCCAUUCAGACUUUGUAUGUAAAACCCCAACCCCCUCAAACUACUUCAUAAGACCCCUAGUAGCUCUUCAAUGAGGUGGAAAUCAAACCAUGAUUGCAAGCAGAUUCAGGCCCUGGGUGUGUGAGUGAACAUCCUGAUUUGAAGGAUGUUGGAGACCCUUCCUGCCUUAGUGGUGGGGCUGACAUUGUUUUUGUGUAAGGAGGACAGAAACUAAAGUGCAUAUAUUUUUAAAGAUGUUUAUCAGCAUUGUUAAAUAUGUCUUUUGGUUUGAUCAGUGAAGCUGUUGCAGAAGGUGAUUGAAUAAAUUACAAUUAAUUUAUUAAUCUGCA